ACAUAUGUGCCCUCCCUGCCAAUCACGUGACCGGGAAGAAAAAAGGGAAAGAAAGAAGGAAGAAAGAUAAUGGGGACAAGAUAAACAACGGUGAGACUAUCUGCGUGACAGGAGGAGGCGUCUUUAUCAGCAGAGAGAAAACGACAGAGAAGAUGCAGACAUGUUAAGUUAUUAGCUCCAGAUGUGAUGGGAGGACAGUGGUGGAUGUCUGCUGGAUAUGAGAUAAACACUGUUUUUUAGGUAAAUAAAGAAGCUGCUGAGGAAAAGGAGGAGGGGUGAAGAUGAAGCUAAAUGAACGCAGCGUGGCGCACUACGCCACCUGUGACUCACCACCAGACAAAACUGGCUUCCUGUUUAAAAAGGGCGAGCGUAACACAGCGUAUCACCGGCGCUGGUUUGUCCUAAAGGGUAACAUGCUCUUCUAUUUUGAGGAGCGUGACAGCCGAGAGCCCAUCGGUGUCAUCGUCCUUGAAGGAUGCACCGUGGAGCUCUGUGAGUCAGCCGAGGAGUUCGCCUUCGCCAUCAAGUUUGACUGUGCCAAAGCACGGGUGUACAAGAUGGCUGCUGAGAACCAAGCAGCCAUGGAGUCGUGGGUGAAGGCUUUGUCAAGGGCAAGCUUUGACUACAUGAGGCUGGUGGUGAAGGAGCUGGAGAGGCAGCUGGAGGAGAUCCAGGAGGCUGCGGGAGGCGGCGGUGUCGGGGCCGGAGUGGGAAGCCUGCAGGGCAGGCCUAAGCACUCUAAGCGAAACCAGGUGGCUCGGCCCAGGUCUGGAGCAUCCUCUUCUUCAUCAUCGUCAUCUUCCUUGUCAUCAUCAUCAUCAAGUGCUCCUCCCAUGUCAGGCCCCUUCUCUACCCAGAAGAGCCUCCAGGAUGAGGUGCAGCUCAUCUCUGAUGGUUCCAAGGAGAAUGGAGUUGCGUGGAGUAAACCACCAGUUGCCUUGGCUAAUGGCUUUGUUGAAGGAGCGUCGUCCUGUGUGGCCUGGGAAGCCUGUGCAGACUCUGGGAAUAACACUAUGAUUUGUUACGGGGGUGAUGGAGUGAGGGCUCCACCAGUGCCACCCAGGAGAAGAGGAGCAUCUCUGGAAAGCCCCGUCUCCCCGGGCACUGGCUGCUUCUCCAAACUCCAUGACUGGUACGGCAAAGAGGUGGAGGAACUGAGAGUGCAGUGGCUGCAGAGCCAGUGAAGUAACAGAGAUGGAUUAUCUCUUUUUCCACAGUGAUAUCAUUCCUUCCUGAUCAUUCUGAAAUGUUUCACCCCUCUGAACUCAACAGAAGGGCGACAAAACUGAGACUUAUUUGCAAAUUGCAGCCUUAUCACCAAUCAAAAAAAGAAACAGAAAUCUGAGAUUGAUUCCAGAUCUUGUCUGGCACAGGGGAAUCAAUCUGUCUUAAACAUUAACACUAUCCAUUGUACAAUCCAAGAAACUGAAGACACAAAUAUGCUCUUUUCCACAGUUUUUAGUGUCAUUUGCCAAGGACAAUGAAAAACGUUAAGAAUACAGUAUUUAAAAUGGUAAUCACUCAUUAGCAGCAUCAUUUUUCUCCGUCAAGACGCUGAACAGCUUGGCCUUGAUUAUCCGUGUAGCACAUACAAUUCAGAAAACAGUGCUGUUCUGUUAUUAUAUUGCCAAUGUUCAAGAUUUAUUCUGCCCGUUUAGCUGUAACAGCGUUUCUAUAGUUACACAUGCAAACUACAGUGCUAUGCAUCUAAAAAAAAAAAAAUACCAAAAAUAACCCAACAACAAAUAACUGCUAAGAUCACUUCUUCUGAUCCCAGCCCAGGAUGGUUGGGGUGUUUUUGUUAUAUGCAAAUGAAAUAAAGAAGGCCACGUAAAUAACGAUCUACAGACAUUGCACAAAACAAAUCCACAUGGAUCGGGUUGCUAUGGUGACACGUAAUCCAUGGAUGAAGGUAACAGGGAAUCCUGCAGCUGUACGAUUGAUAAUGAACAGCAGGGCAGCUGCUUGUACAGUUUUUAUAAUCUAAUGGCAGGGGCACCAGGACAGUUAACAGCAUUUAAAGGGACAGUUCACCCCAAAAUCAAAAUACAUUUUCCCCUUACCUGUAGUGCUAUUUAUCAAUCAAUGAUGCAUUCGGAAAUAGUCACUCCGAGUACUGGAGUGCACUGUGGCACAAAAUGGACCAUUUGUAAAUUUGGAGUGCUGUUAAAAUGUACUAUUCAGAUAUUCAGAACACCACACUCUCAGAGCAGCAGAGCAUCAUGUGGAGUGACUGUUUCAUUAACUACAUGGUUUUUUAGUUCACGAAGAAAUAUAAGGCUUUGUUUUUUCGAACGACAGCACUCUCAUUGUGUUGUGCUUCAAAUUGGAUUUAGGAACACACUCCUACAUUGUUGGUGUGAGUGUUGGAGUUAUCAGGUGUCUGCCUUCUCUCCAAUAUAAUGCUACUAGAUGGCACUCAGCUUGUGGUGCUCAAAGCGCCACAAAAAUAUAUUUGGAAAACAGAAACAUUUCCAGAAAGAGACAUUGCUGUUGAGUCUUAAAAAAUUUAUUUUUGUGGCGCUUUGAGCACCACAAGCUGAGUGCCAUCUAGUUCCAUUAUGGCCAAUAUCUCCAACACUCAGCAUCUCGCAUAAAACAAUAUAGAUUGAUAAAGCUCUACAGGAAAGAGGAAAUUCACAAUUCAGCAUUCCGAGCUUCCUGUAAUCUCCUGUAAACUCUGGAUAAGAGGUGGUGUUGGACAAAACUAGUCCAGAUUCUCCUCCAUACUCCCAGCGGGGCACACCUCACCCCAGAGACCUUGUGGUCACUAAGGUCGGAGCAUUCUCUUGACAGUCACUGGGGACUGUGGUGGGAGCUGGAUGUCUCGCUCAGAGCAACACAGUGGUAUUUUUAGCCCUUGUUAACCGGCGGCCAGAUGAUGCUAUGUCAUAGGAGAGCUUGUCACUUAGUUCUCUCUUUUUGACUCUUGUGUUUAGUAAAAGAAGGUCGUUUAUCGUUGCAUUUACAGGACUUUAACACUUGUCAUUGUAAUUAUCUGAUAAUAAAACAAUCGAAAUGUCUUAAUUUCAUCAUACUGUUUGUUUGUUACAGCUGAUUAACGUGAGUGUUACUGAAUGAGUGUAACUGUUAGAGACCUAUACUCUAUGUGAGCAUCUAACCUCUUGGUUUGUAUAUAAAUAUUUUACUCUUCCAUGUUGGAAAUUAACACCAGCAGUCUGUAAAAUGGGCCUUUUAAAAUGAUUGCUCAAACUGUAUUGCUUUACCUUUUCUGUUUUUCUAUAUCCAAUCACAUAGCCGUUUACAUGUUUGGUUUUAUACGGGCCUUAUGUUAUCUUUAUAACUCUGUUAUUGCACUUAUAACCAUUACCACAUGACAACAGUGAUGAGGCGGGUACUGCUCGGCUGUUGUUCUGUCUUUCUUUCUUUCUGUUUUGGCGAAGGCUCAUCUCGUUGCAAUCAGUUUUUGACAAUGGCUCUGUUCUCUCAGUCUGCAUCAUUGCACAGCACUAUCAUUAGUGUUAUACACUUGGCUUGUACAGAAAUGACAAUGUGGGAGGGGGUGGUACAGUGUGCACUGUUUUUUUGUUUUUUUUUAACGGCAGCAUCAAGGCGGUAUGCUUUAGACACGUAUUAACUAAAAUGACUGUUGUGCCAAUUUUAUUAACUCCAGAAGAGCAUUACUGUAAUUACAGAUGACAAAAGUCUGUUUUUUAACAAUAAUUAAAGGAAUUUGUGAAUGUGUCAAAUUAACCAUAUAAUAAUAAUAAUCUUUAUGCAGCAGUGCCAAAUGAGGAACGCAACCUAAAUGCACAAUUAUCAAAUUGUCAGGGUGUUUUUCUCCUUGAUUGACUUCCAUGAUUGUAGUAAACAUUUUCAAUGUUAUAGCACACAAUGUGAGUAUUAUUUCAAGUAAACGAUAAUAUCUAACACAUUGUCCUGAUAUGGUACCCUGAAAAGAUGUUAAUCAUUUGCUGUAAACCAUCAAUAAACAGUGUUAGUAAUAAAAA